UGUUGAUUAGACCAGAGGCUGUUUCACCGCAAUUAAAUAAUCUCCGGAGAAGAUCGAGAGAGAAGAGCAACUGACAACCCAAUCAAUACCAGUACAUUUUAGACUUUUGAGGGGUCUCUUGGAUGGGGGUCGCACGACUUUAGAGAGCGGGAAGAGAGUAGCCUAACAAAACUUCGGUUGUGAUAAAACAUUGGUUUUGCGUAAAUGUUAUCAUGGCGCUGGACUGCUCCUCUUUCUCCAUCAAGGACAUCCUCACCCGCGGACGUGACGCGCGAGACAACAUUCCAACUUCACGGAAUCUGACAGAACUAUGCACGUUAAAGCUGGCCUCCAUCAGCCAGCACCGGCAAACCGAGAGCAGGGAUGGGAGCUUGAGGGGCCCCGGUUCAUCCACUUCGGAUUGCAGUGACGAGCACAAAGGGGAUGAGAUGGAGAUGAAACACAUCCACCAAGGAAGUAUUAGUUCCUCUCCUGGUUUGGGAGACACCAGGAAUCCUACGUUCGAGUUCGGUAGUGAAGAGUCCACUGGGGAGGAGGCGGAACACAUGGCAUGCAAAAAAGACAUAAACAACAAACAACCCAGUAUCUAUCAGGACAAACAGAGGAUGGAAGAGGAGAAUGAGAGGGAGAGUAGUUACAGCACCGUGGGCCCAUCCAUAUCUGGUAACAAGAAGCGCUCCCGUGCGGCCUUCACCCACGCGCAGGUCUACGAGCUAGAGCGUCGGUUUAACUUGCAGCGCUACCUGUCCGGUCCCGAACGGGCGAACUUAGCGGGCGCCCUGAAGCUCACGGAAACCCAGGUGAAAAUCUGGUUCCAGAACCGGAGAUAUAAGACCAAACGGCGGCAGAUGGCGGCCGAAAUUGCCGCUUGUAGUUCCUCUACACCAGCCACACUGGCUAAGAAAGUGGCGGUGAAGAUCCUGGUUCGAGACGAUCAGAGACAGUACCGAGGGGACGAGCUGCAUCGUCCGCCUGCUCUGCCACUAUAUCCGGCCUACCAAUAUGGAUACAACCCCUACAUGUACUGCUUCCAGACAGGAAUCUCUAGCAAUGCGCUUUGUGGGGGGAUGCAUUGACACAAUGGUGUUGCUACAAUUCCUUAAGGCAUUCAUUAACUUUAUGGACUUACUAAAAGAUGAAAAAGACACUGGAUAACCAGACGACAUUUCUACAUGCUUCUAUGUGUAGCUAAAUACUUUCUUUAUUCUCUAUUGGAGAGUGAGGUCAUUUCAAAGCACAGGGAGCUUUUUGAUACUGUAUACCUGCAAGGCAAAUGGGCCUAUAGACAUUACACUGACAACAUUGAUGGACACAGCAAGAUGUAGUAGCCUAGAUAACAAUAUUGGAAUUAUUACGCAGGAAUGUGCAUCGAGUUUAAUUGUAUAGCCAACUAAUAACUAAAUAAAGCUUAAAAACUAGUUGGGAGUCA